GACAUAACUUCCCGAUGCAUCUUCAACAACGACACAGCGCGUCGUUGUUGUUUACGAAGAAACAAACGACGAGUGAUGAGUGAGCUUUUGACGUAAACGAAGCUAAUCCUGAUCGAAAAUACUCCGAAAGAAAAAUCGCGUGGUUUGCGAGGCGUGUCGAAAGGGGCAUCGGCGAACCUCCAUCCGUAGCCGGUUUGACGAUCGGCGGAUAUUCGAACGGUGAAAAUACAUUGGACAACAUUUGUAAUUCAUUCGUUCGUAUUAUUUCGGCGAUGAUCGGAGGCGCGCGCUACUCGCUCGGGGGGGCCGCCAUUUUCCUCCAGUGAGGGAGAGAGUCGCUCGGCCGUGCUUCGCAAGCGUUCUCUGUUAAUUAUUACUUAUUUCGGUUGACAAUUGAGUGACUUUCGCGAGUGCGGGGUGUCGGGUGGGCGCGCGGGACCCUUGGGCCCAUAAUUGUGCAACCAAAAGCCCAAAAUACGGAGUAAAACCCGGAUUAAACCGGGACCAAACACCGAAACGCCAAGUGCGCCCGACUAACAUUGUGUACCGUGAUUCGAAGGGUGAUUUUCCCACAGCGAAAUAUUACGCCGUUAUUCAUCUCGGCGAACGACUGAUUCGUUAGAAGGAGGUGUAGUUCUGCAAAAAAUCGUGAUGCGUUGGAGGUUCGGCGGUCCCUGUCCAAAAACCGACCGGAAGUCAGCUUUGCAAAAACAGUUUGUGUGACAAAAACGAUUGCAAAGGUUCAAAAACAAAACGAGAGAGACUAUCGUUACAGACUUUUGUUAAAAAAAAAAAAAAAAAAAAAAUUUAACAAUAAUAAUUAAAAAAUUUAAUAUUAAACCACAAUUUAAAUUGAAGAAAAACUGCAGUUAUCCUGAAACUCCUGGCGACAGGAGUUUGGCAAACCUAAAGAAAGAGAAAUUGAAAAUAAAUAAAUAAAAAUAGGGGGGGCUGUUUGACCGAUGGACAAACGGAAGAUGAUGCCCAAACGCCCUCGUAUGGAGAACCUGAGGGGUCCGAUUGCUAAUGGACCCAUUCAGACACGACCGCUUGUAGCCCUUCUUGAUGGGCGAGACUGUUCCAUUGAAAUGCCUAUACUCAAAGAUGUUGCAACAGUGGCCUUCUGCGACGCUCAAUCCACUUCAGAGAUUCACGAAAAGGUAUUAAACGAAGCGGUGGGUGCGCUGAUGUGGCACACUAUUAUACUGACGAAGGAGGACCUUGAAAAAUUUAAAACACUGCGUAUCAUCGUGAGGAUUGGGUCUGGAGUGGACAAUAUCGACGUUAAAGCAGCUGGCGAACUUGGAAUUGCUGUCUGCAAUGUACCUGGCUAUGGGGUUGAAGAGGUUGCAGAUACAACUUUAUGUCUGAUUUUAAAUCUUUACCGACGUACCUACUGGCUUGCAAACAUGGUUCGUGAGGGCAAGAAAUUCACAGGGCCUGAACAGGUGAGAGAGGCAGCGCAAGGAUGCGCAAGGAUACGUGGCGAUACACUCGGUAUCGUGGGGCUUGGUAGGAUUGGUUCAGCAGUUGCUCUACGUGCCAAAGCCUUUGGUUUCAAUGUCAUUUUCUAUGACCCAUACCUUCCUGAUGGUAUUGAAAAAUCUCUGGGUCUUACCAGGGUUUAUACAUUACAGGACCUCCUGUUUCAAUCAGACUGUGUAUCUCUACACUGUACCUUGAAUGAGCACAAUCAUCACCUAAUCAACGAAUUUACGAUCAAACAGAUGAGACCAGGUGCGUUUUUGGUCAACACAGCGCGAGGUGGCUUAGUCGACGACGAUGCGCUCGCGGCAGCACUUAAGCAAGAGCGUAUUCGUGCUGCAGCGUUAGAUGUCCAUGAGAACGAACCCUACAAUGUCUUUCAGGGUCAGUCCGCCCAAUGUCCGUUGAAGGAUGCACCAAAUCUGUUGUGCACACCGCACGCUGCGUUCUAUAGUGACGCAAGCUGCACAGAACUUCGUGAAAUGGCUGCCAGUGAAAUACGACGUGCUAUUGUCGGUCGCAUUCCUGAUUGUCUACGCAACUGUGUGAAUAAGGAGUACUUCCUCUCAUCUACUGGUUAUCCAGAAGGGAUUAACGGUGGUUACUACGCAGGAACUCUGCCUGUACAGCAAGCGCAUUCGACGACCCCUCAUGACUCGGCCCCGCCGCCUCCCAGUGGUCACUCAGUUGUCGGAGGGGGUGGAGGAGGCGGUGGGCCUAAUUCUUCCGCAGGGGGUGGCGGUGGAGGUGGACCCACGGGACCAACUGGCCCCUCAGUCGGUGGCGGAGGUGCAGGAGGUCCAGCUUCCGCGCCUUCAGCCGGUGGGUUGCCCGUUCUACCCCACAGCAUAGUAAGCGAUCCUGACCCCCGACCCAGUCCCUCUGCUCCUAGCCCACGUUGACCUUGAACCCCUGAUCUUUGGAAUCCUCACACUCCACUUUGCUCUAACCUUUUCCCAUCCCAUCACAUUUCCCCAACCAAUUCACAUUGCCCCUGACCUUGACAAAAAAAAACAACAAAAAAACAAACAAACAACAAAAACAACAAAAAAAAAAACGUGGAAAUCGUAACAUGAAAGAUAAAAGAAAAAGAAAAAGAAAAAAAAAAAAAUAAGCAACAAAAAAAAAAAAGGGUUCUAUGCAAGGCAACCCCAUUCUUUCCAUUAUUUUUGAAAAAUUUUUCGUCAACAAAAACAGAAAAUGAGAAAAAAAUUACUCAAACUACGUUAUUAUAAUAGCAUCUCUUUGUAGUUGCUGUUUACAUUUGUGGAUUUUUUGAUUUUUAAUUGCGCGUUAAAACUUACAACAACUCUCCUAACCAAUCAGAACGUUAUAUGGAUCGAUACAUGACAAUUGCAACAAGUGUAGCUGUUUUAAUGGAAAUUCAAAUCGAUAGUAGCACAUUGAACGAGGAUGGGUGACUGAUUGACAUACAUCAAGCUUGCGUCCGAUGAUAUCGUGUUUGCGAGAAUGCAUUAUCAUCUACCAAUUUGUUAUGUAUUGGGAUAUGUUUUAGCAUACAAUCAAAAUCCACUGACGUGUAUCAGUAACCAUUGUACUUUUGGCAACUGACAGGAGCAUCACGUAUUUUUCUAUAUAAAAAAUGUACCAUUUUAAAGAUUUUCGGCUUACAUGUUUGUGCUAUUUUCAAGUGGUUACUAAGCUUGGUAUGUAUUUUGUAAAUGGCCUAAAAGUUCUCGUCAAACAUUUACAAGUCACUAUCGUUACUGCGCUGGUAUUUCAGAUGUUGCACAGCACUGAUUCCAAUGUCUACCAAAUUUAUUUACUUGUGGCACAUCCUGUAUAAAAUUAAGAGGAAAAUUAAUUUGAAUACAAUUGUUGCGUUAAUAGAAAUUUUUUUCAACUAAGAAGUUGAAUUGUAUGAAAAAUCUAAGGAAUGCAUGGUCCGUAAUUAUAUUUUGUAACGUUUCGUUUUCUCAAAUUUUAGCCUGUGUAAACAAAAAGAUGCUGUCACAUGAAAAAAAUGAUGCUAAUACUAUGACCUAUACUAAUUUUUACAGUAGUGUGGAUAUGCAGUUUCUGUAUUUCGAUCAGGCAUAUUAUGUUUACUUCGAAAAUUUUAUGUACCGACUAUUUACUUAAAGUCGUUACAGUUGAUUGGGGACUGCACUGCAAAUGA